UCCAGACUAGGGCAGUGGGGAAAUUAACAACCGCUGAGAACAAUGGGUGUAUGUUUGAGGAACAAAGCAGGGUGAGGCUGAACGUGGACAAUUUGGAAAAGCCAUCAGAAGAUGCUCCAGGGCAUCCUGACUCGGACACCACGGAAGAGAGGGCAGGGACCUCCAGGAAGUGAGAAGAAUUCUGUCAACUCCCGACUUUCCAGUAAAUUUAACUGAACACAAGCCCAGCACUUCCUUUGGAGUGUGUCCCACAGAUACCGCUCUCAUUUUACAAGGCGUUUCUGAGAAGAUAAGUAACUUGCCCACCGUCAAUCAGAUAGUAGGAAGGAAGACACAAAUCGGAACUCAGCGGUCAGUGGGGGAGCUGAGUGUUACUCAGGUCACCGUGAGGAUCAAGAGCUUAAGAAGAUCAAGCUUCGCUCCCUGGCCGGCCUUCAAGUCUCUCUCCGUCGGCCCCCGCAGCUAGCCACACCCUAGUUCUAGACACUACACACAUUUUUAUUCGGCCGUAGGGGAUGGGUGCUGUCCAGCAGGUGUGCCCCGGCUCCCCGGAGGGCGGGACCGCUGUUUCCGGGCUGUCCUGGCAUCCGAACCGCGCUGGGCGUGGCUGCGGUCAGGCAACCCCAAACCCAGAUGACCUGGGCUAGAGGACGACCGCAGGGAGCGCGCCACCCGCAGGAGGAGCUGCCCAACCCUCUGCUCUCAGCCUCUGCAUCUGCUCGGGAACCCACGGCCCACCCCCAACUCCCGGACAGCGAGAAAACCUCCGCGCCUCGGGCACCCGGCGGAGACCGAGCAGCAGGCCCGGGAGCCGGGGCGACGAGAGUUAACCCAACCUGCUCCCUCCGAGGCCGAGGGCCGGGCCGCUGCGAGCACCUCCCAUUGGCCGCCGAGCCGGCUCGGCGCUCAUUGGCGGAGGCGCCCGGCUGCGGCUCUUGGAGAGUCCCCAUUGGCGCUGCGUUCCACGGACUGGAGCGAGGCGGCCCGGCCUCCGCAAGCUACCCCGGGUAAAAGGUGCUCCAGCUCCGUAGCUACCUUGCCACGCUCAUGCUUAGCCAGAAUCCGAACUUCCUAGGCGACCCUCCUCUUGCUUGUCGCCACGCCCCCUCCGGGUCUUCCCUCUGAUCCUUUUCUUCUUGUUGCUUUUCUGUUUCCUGCUUCUCCAGCUACCAUUUCCCAACUCCGCGUUUUCCUAAAAUACUCCCAGGUCCCCCUAGCCUGUCAUCCCUGGCAUCUGCCACCUUCUAACUUCUGCUCCUCCUUGACCUCAGAUCCCUUGGUCCACAGGGCCUUCUCAUUGCCAAGCUCUGACCCCCAAAUUCCCUCUAACCUUAAUUUACUUCUUGACGUUUGACCCUGACACUUUGGCUCUCUAAAUUUCUACCUGUUACAGCCUGGACUGCAAAGAGCCAGGUGUUGCCCUGACAUCCACCCCUGCUUUCCAAGGCCAUUUGCUACCCCUACCAUGGACUUCUUGUUGAGUGGUCUGGCAGCCUGCGGGGCCUGUGUGUUCACCAAUCCCCUGGAGGUUGUAAAGACCAGAAUGCAAUUACAAGGGGAACUGAAGGCCCCAGGAACCUACCAGCGCCACUACCGAAACGUCUUCCACGCCUUCUUCACCAUUGGCAAGGUGGAUGGCCUGGCUGCCUUGCAGAAGGGCCUGGCCCCUGCGCUCUUGUACCAGUUCCUGAUGAAUGGCAUCCGACUGGGCACCUACGGGCUGGCGGAGGCUAGGGGAUACCUGCACACUCAUGAAGGUGUCCUCAGUCCUGUGCGCAGCGCUGCAGCUGGAGCCCUCGCUGGGGUCAUGGGAGCCUAUCUGGGAAGCCCAAUCUACAUGGUGAAGACACACCUCCAGGCACAGGCAGCCUCUGAAAUCGCUGUAGGGCACCAGUAUAAGCAUGAGGGCAUGUUUCAUGCACUAACCAAGAUUGGCCAGAAACAUGGUCUGGUGGGGCUGUGGCGUGGGGCCGUGGGCGGCCUGCCCCGAGUUGUCAUCGGCUCCUCUACCCAGCUGUGCACCUUCUCAUCCACCAAGGACCUCUUGAUUCAGUGGGAGAUCUUUCCUCCCCAGAGCUGGAAGGUGGCUCUGGCGGCUGCCAUGGUGAGUGGUGUCGCAGUAGUCACGGCCAUGACACCCUUUGAUGUGGCCAGCACAAGGCUCUAUAACCAACCCACUGAUACUCAUGGCAAGGGCCUCAUGUACCGGGGGAUCUUGGACGCUCUGCUGCAGACAGCUCGGAAAGAGGGCCUUUUUGGCAUGUACAAGGGUAUAGGUGCCUCCUAUUUUCGCCUUGGCCCCCACACUAUCCUCUCUCUCUUCUUCUGGGAUCAGCUGCGCGUCUUCUACAACACAUACGCUAAAUGAGCCACUCUCCUGUACUCCAAAUCAACACUCCACUACUUACUAUCUCAGUGAUGAUUUCCUGACGCACUGACCCUCAUCCACCUAAGGGGGCCAGCCAUGACCACUCCUCUGCUCUCUUAGGGUUGAAUCACUAAUCUGAUUCUGAACAGUAAUUUAUGUCCUUCCCUUGGAUAUUGCUUUAAAUUUCCCAAGUUCCCCUGUAUACUUCACACCCAUCUCAGGGUUGAAUCAGAUACCCCAAAGUAUAUUUCUACUGCCAUUCUUGGGUCCCUCCUGCUCCUGCGCACAGCUUUAAAGUCCCCCUUCCAAGACCAGGGGGGAGGCCCAGGUGUCCUCUUAAAUUCAAAGCCACAGAAACUGUGUUGUUUAUAAAGCAAGUUUAUUUCUGCA